UGAUCCUAGAUAGUAAUGAAUCAGAUUAGAUGGAGAGGUGGACCUGAUCCUAGAUCAUAAUGAAUCAGAUUAGAUGGACAGGAGGAGCUGAUCCUAGAGCAACGCUCCUCUUCUGGGACACUGCCUUUAUGAAACAGAACACAUAGUUGUAAAGUCUAGUUACAGCAGGUGUUUACUGCCAUCUAGUGGAAGAUACCAAUACAACACUUUAUUAUCAGGGUGGGGAGGCGGCUGAGCUGAAACUGAAAGUAAAGUUGUUCUUUUGUUCAGGAUCCAUUUUGAGACGACAGAGCAGAAAAGACUAUAUGGAGAUUAUUGAAAAAUAAAGGGUCAGUGCUCUAAAAUGAGUCUCUCUGGGGAGAGAGAGGAGGGGGGCCCUGCCUCUAAAAUUCAUCUCUCUGAGGGACAUGACACCAAAGCUAAGAGACCAAUCAAGCAGGAGAGACCAGCCUCCCCUGUUCCCAGCUGUGUGUCCAUGAAGAGUGACUGGUCUAUGGAACCUCCUCUAACCUUUAGAGAGGGAGACUUUUCUACUGAACAAAGCCCAAUCAAGAAGGAGAGACCAGCCUCCCCUGUUCCCAGCUGUGUGUCCAUGAAGAGUGACAAGUCUAUGGGUGUACCUAUAUUCUUUAGAGAGGAAGAUAUUUCUACUGAACAAAGAAACCAACAGGAGAGAUCAGAGUCAGAGAUUCUCAGUGGUCAGUCUUCCCAGAGUCAUCAAACAGACCUGGACUCCAUAUUCAGUAUGCUUGAAGAUAAAAUUAUGACAUUUGUGAAGAACGAGCUGAAGAUGUUCAAGAGGAUUCUUAGUCCAGAACUCCCAGAAGGCUUUGAGAGUCAGAAGCAGGAUAAGGAAGUGGUGGAUGCUGAAGAUGAGAAGCAGGAGAGCAGUGCCAGAGAGGGGGCUCUGAAGAUCACACUGCACAUCCUGAGGAAAAUGAACCAGAAGGAGCUUGCUGACACACUGGAGAAAUAUUCAGAUGAGCUUGCUGUGAUUUGCCAACGUGAACUCAAAUCUAAUCUAAAGAAGAAGUUUCAAUGUGUAUUUGAGGGGAUCGCUAAACAAGGAAACCCAACACUUCUCAAUAAGAUCUACACAGAGCUCUACAUCACAGAGGGUGGAACAGGAGAGGUCAAUAAUGAACAUGAGCUGAGACAGAUUGAGACAACAACCAGGAAACAAGCAAGACCAGAGACUGCAAUCAAAUGUAAUGACAUCUUUAAACCCUUAACUGGACAAGACAAACCUAUCAGAACUGUGCUGACAAAGGGAGUCGCUGGCAUUGGAAAAACAGUCUCGGUGCAGAAGUUCAUUCUGGACUGGGCUGAAGGAAAAGCAAAUCAGGACGUCCAAUUUGUAUUUUCAUUCCCUUUUCGGGAGCUGAAUUUGAUGAAAGGGGACAAACACACUUUGAUUGAACUUCUCAAUCACUUCUCAAAGGAAACCAAACAAUCAGGAAUCUCCAACUAUGACAAGUACAAAGUUCUGUUCAUCUUUGAUGGUCUGGAUGAGUGCCGACUGCCCUAGA